AUGAAGCAAGAAGUUCAAAUGCAUAAAAAGAAAGUGAAGAUGAAUUUGUCUUCUAACGACAAUAAUAUCUUACAGAAACUAAGCUUAAUUGAUUCAAUUCAACGAUUGAGUAUAUCUUAUCAUUUUGAAAAUGAAAUUGAUAGGAUAUUAGUACAAAUUCACAAUGAUUUUAAUAACAAAGAUCUUGCUAUAGAGGAACGUGACCUUCACUUUAUUACAUUACUUUUUCGUUUGCUCCGACAAAGAGGAUAUAACAUUUCAUCAGGUACACUGCACAAUAAAAAAGGAGAAUUCGAUGAAAUAAUUGUUGUUCAAGAUGUUAAAGGAAUGUGGAGCUUGUAUGAGGCUGCACAAUUAAGGGUUCAUGGGGAAGAUAUAUUAGAGGAAGCACAUGAAUUCACAUACAAUAAACUUAAGUCCAUCACCAAUCAAUUGAGUCCAUCUCUUGCUGAACAAGUCAAUCAAAGCUUAGUACAACCUUUUCACAAGGCAAUUCCAAGAAUGAAGGCAAGGUCAUAUAUGUCUUUUUACGAAGAAAGUUCUACGCAUGAUAAAAUUCUUCUAAAGUUUGCAAAAUUAGAUUUCAAUAUGCUACAAAAAUGGUAUCAGAAAGAUGUUGGUAGUGCCAUCAAGUGGUGGGAAAAGUUAGAAUUUUCGAAAAAGGUCCCUUAUGCAAGAGAGAGGAUAGCUGAGUUAUACUUCUUUCCAUUUGCUAUGAACUCUGAGCCUAAAUAUACUACUUUUAGAAGGGUGGUGACCAAAGUGGUUCAAUGGAUGACUAUAUUUGAUGAUACUUAUGAUGUCUAUGGAACAAUCGAAGAACUUGAGCUCCUCACACAGGCAAUCCGAAGAUGGGAUAUUAGUUACAUUGAAUCUCUUCCAGAAUGCUUUAAGGCGAUUUUUAAUUCAAUUGUGGAACUUGUUGAUGAAAUAAUAGAGUUAAAUGCUGGAAGUGGAGAAUCAGACUUGAUAUUGCAAUGUCUCAAACAGGCCUUGUCUCAUUAUGCACAAGGUUACAUGGAUGAAGCAAGAUGGUGCCACGAGGGAUAUAUUCCAACAUAUGAUGAGUAUAAGGUUGUUGCAUCUGCUACUUUAGGAUAUCAACCACUUUCAGUAAUGUGUAUUGUUUUGGGAGAAUUUGCAACCAAAGAAACUCUUUAUUGGGUUUCUAAUAAUACUCCGCUCAUCGUACUAGCUUCGACACUUAUUGCCAGACUCACAAAUGAUUUGGGUUCACACAAGUUUGAGCAGCAAAGAGAACAUGCUGCUUCGGCCGUAGAAUGUUGCAUGAAGCAAUAUGGCUUUUCAGAAGAGGAGGCCCAUGAAUUCAUCAAAAAGGAUAUCAAUAAUUACUGGAAGGAUAUAAAUGAAGAGUACCUCAAGUUAAUUGAAUAUAUCCCAAGGCCAGUCCUUGAUUGCAUUGUUAACAUGGCACGCAUAUGUGAGUUUCUAUAUGCAAAUUUUGGGGAUAAAAUUACAGAUUGUGCACUCUGUAAAGACCACAUUGCGCCACUGUUUUUGGAUCCCGUGGUCGUGUAG